GGGUGGGUAUCGGUGAAGAGUGCUCUCCGCCCCCACCCCAGGCUCAGUCAGACCCUGUCAGACAUCCCGUGUGGACUAUCCCUGCCGGCUCUGCAGUUCCUCCACUCUCUGCACUGCCGCGACCUUCAGCUGGGACCAUGCAGGCCUGCCUGCCCAGGUCAUAUCUGACGCCGGUGAGAGAUGAAGAAGCAGAGUCGCAGAGGAAAGCCAGGUCCCGGCAGGCGAGGCAAACACGGAGGUCCACACAGGGGGUGACGCUCACCGACCUCCGGGAGGCGCAGAGGAGCUACGGCCACUCGAGUUCAGACAGACACACGGGAGAGUCGCAGGAGACGGGGAACGAGGAGCCAGGUGUGGACUCCCGAGCAGGACAGAGGGAGGCAGAGGAGAGCCGGCCAAGGAGGAGCAGGGAAGUUGACGACCUUGGAAACCUGAGGACCUGGGUGGAAGCCCAAGCUGAGAGCUGUACCACACCUUCUGCAUCCCCACACCGGACCCCCCCCAGCCCGGCCAAGUGCCUGUCCUCCCAGGGACUCGACCCCAAUGGAAAUGAACUGGAAAGUGCAGAGCGAGGCGAUGGAGACGAUGGACCCCCAGAGGAGGAGCUCAAGCAAAGACAGCGACCGCAGCCCCUCGACCAAAGCUUUGGUGCUGCAGCGUCAGACUGCACACCGGAGCAUGAUAGAGCAUCUCGGUUGGACAGCCUUUCUGGGUCUAGCUCUACGGACGGCACCACGGAGCGACUCCUGGGUCGCACUGGGUCCUACACCCGCGGGAGAACCGGCUGGCAUCCCUGAACAAACCAGAACAGGAGGGCAGCUCAAAGGAGUACAAAAAGAUGUACGAGGACGCUUUGGCUGAGAACGAGAAGCUGAAAUGCAGGCUGGAGGACAGCAAGCAGGAUCUGGCCAAAGUCCGUACUCAGCUGGAGAAGGUCACGCAGAAGCAGGACAGAAUAUCGGAAAGGUCCAGUGUGCUGGAGUCAGAGAAAAGGGAGAAGCGGAUCCUGGAGAAAAAGGUAUCAGAAAUGGAGGAAGAACUUAAGGAAGGCCCAGUGAGAUUUCGCUGUGGCUAUCAGCCGUGAGGGCAGGCCAGGCUGACGUGGGGGUGGGGGAUCCGGUACUAACAGAGCUUAAAACUGACAAUCAGAGGCUGAAGGACGAGAACGGGGCCUUGAUCAGGGUCAUCAGCAAGCUGUCCAAGUGAGGCGCCGCUCCGCGUGCCUGCCAAAUUCAUCCCGGACUGCUCUUCAUCCUCUUACUCAUCCUCUGAGACCCACCCAUAUGACUGCGGGCAGCAACUCCUCGGCCAAGGCCGUGGUGGACUUUUCUAGAGAAAGGACGCAUUACUGGGCCGAACAGGGUCUCUGUUGUGCAGGAUCGCCACACCCAUGCAUUCGAAGACACCCACACUUGUUUUUGCACGGAAGGCACACGGCCACACUCACACAAGCACGCCUUUACCGUAUGUGUUUGUGCUUGCAUUUAUUUAUAUAUCCUACGAGUCCCACACAAACAAAUAUUUUUGUUAAGUCACGUCGGAGUUUGUCGUAUGACAGAACCAUUGCUUAUGUCUCCUACACACCUCUGCUGUUCCGCGAGUGGGUAUGCAUGCAGCAGCCUAGAUGAGAUGGUAAUUUUACACAAGGUUAUUUUUUUUUAUUAUUUCACGGGAUCACUUUAUUUAUUUACCACAGUAAUUUUGUAUCCAUACGUCUCGAUAGAUAAAGUACAUACGGUACCAUUGGUUUUGUAACUCGGCUGACAGAUUAUGUUCAUCCUCCGUAUAAAUAUAUAGCCUAGUAGGGGACGACACUGGAGGCCACAUCCAUAAUAGGAAAAUCCACAUUUUCACAUCUAAUUAAAAGUUCGCGUUCUCCAUAAACCAACGCGGCUGCGGUGCGAGUUAUUACAUGCAUAAUUCAAGCCAGUUUGAUGAAGUUUGAAGACGAAACGCAAACUUUCAGAUCAUGAAUGCUGAGGAUGGAUAAUACUGAGUGUAAAAUACAUUUUACUGAGAAGCUGGGAAUAAAAUGAGCUGCCCUUAGUAUCGGUUCAUCCGGGACCCGCACACAUUACCGUGGGCGCUCCUGCUGGGUUUACCGGUAUAUCUUGGCCGAUUUCUCCCCUGAAUGCUUUACGGACAAUAUAAAUUAUACAUGAUCACAUUAAAUAUACAUUAAGCAUAUCUAGACGUGCAAGAAUGCCUAGUUCCGCUGGGGACUGUCUGGCGUAGGAACCAGGGACGUGUAACACUCAAUAUUUCGUUUGGUUUCAUUCAUCCAUAACCCGCCAUCAGUAGCACGUUUUUAUUCUGAGUUCUGAGUAAUUAUAUGGUGGUUUGCAUAUUGGCAAACGGGGUUAUACGCCAUAACAAAUACACAGUACUGUAGAGUACUGUAUAUGAUCAGUGCCCUAUAGAUUAUGUAAGCCUUCUGAACGACUUGCCUGUAUUCUGUAUGAAAAUAAAGGAGGACAUAUGAA